AUAAAUCUUUUCUUGACUGGUUUUCUCUUUAAGCAAUAUAAAAACCUUUCACACUGUAAAUCAAAACACACCCAAAAAAAAAACUUGUGAGUCUCUUCAAGUAGAGCGCCUCUCAUGGCUAUACCCCACUCUACUUUUGAGUGUUAAAAUUUUGAGAUAUCUUCUCUAAAGCCGCCUCUCUUUCUUCUUCUUCUUUUCUUCUCCUUCUUCAUUUCUCUCUUUUUUUACUUCUUCUCAAAUUUUGAUGAAAACCCUAUAUAAAAAUAAAAAUAUUGUUGUCAUGAUGAUUUUUUAACUUUUGGUGUUCAUCUCUUGUGUUGUUGUGGAUCAGAGAGAAGAAGCAUGGGGAAAAGGAGUACUGCUGCUAUCAUCAUCUUCUUCUUCUUUUAUGCAGAGAUUUGAAGUCAUAUAUCUCUGAUUGUCUUCUUUUUUUUAGUGAGGUGGUGUUUUUUGCAGUAAGUGCACUAAAACCAACAAAUUAAAAUCUCUUUUUCUCUCUCUCCAUAUCUCUGUCCUUUCUUCUUCUUGUUCUCUUGCUUUAUUCCAUUUGUUAUCUUAGCUGUUUAAAGCAAAAAAAUAAAUUAAUGGAUUCUGGAAAUAACAGUUCUAGUCUGCAGUCAUCAAGUACUGGCGGUGGGGGUGGGGGUGUUGGUGGUGAUGAAGAGUACAAUUCACGUGCUGCUUCACAAACCUUUUCAUCAGCUUUUCACCCACAAAAUUCCUCAUCUUCCUCCAUUUUUGACCCCUUUAUCAACUUUUUCGACCCCAUACCCCGCCCCCGCCCCCAACCACCACAGAACAACACAGCCACCCCAAUUUCAAUUUACGAUCUUGAGUUCCAUUUGAACAACAGAAGGACAAGAACCGAUCAAACCAACAACCUGAUGUCUGAGCUUAAUAAUUCCUUAUCUUUUGAUACUACUUCUGGUAGUAUUUCUUUCCCAUCGACAUCACAGCAACACGACGCCGGUGAUGGAAAUGUAAGUGGUACUACUGUUGCCGAACAGUCGGCAGGUGCAGCGGAUCCAUCAAUUGCCGAACAGGCACGGAAUCCGAAGAAAAGAUCGAGAGCUUCGAGGAAGGCACCAACUACUGUGUUGACAACAGAUGCAAAUAAUUUCAGAGCUAUGGUUCAAGAAUUUACAGGGAUUCCAGGACCACCCUUUGCUGCUCCUCCUAUUAUCCCUAUUCGAAACAGAUUUGAUUUGUUUGCUACUGUGCCUAAUUCUGUUGCUCCUACUCCUAUCGCCAAUAAUAAUCCUUUCCUCAUUUCACAACCAUCGCCUAAUUAUCUACAAAGGCCUUUUCCUCAGACAAUUCAGCCACCACCACCCUAUCUUGGGCCUUCUUCAUCAUCGUCAGCGUCAGUGUUGAAUCGUUUACCUAUCAACAUGGCUUCUGCUUCAUCACCAUCUACUAGUGCUACUCAUUCUGCUUUUAACUAUCAACUUCCCAGCGGAGUGGCACAUCCUUUACCUAUCAACAUUGCUUCUGCUCCAUCAACAUCUACGAGUGCUACUCAUCAUUCUGCUUUUAACUAUCAGAUUCCCAACGGAGUUGCUAAUUCUGUAGCACAUCGAGGUUUACCUAUCAACAUUGCUUCUGCUCCAUCAACAUCUACCGGUGCUACUCAUUCUGCUAUGAACUAUCAACUUUCCAGCGGACUUGCUAAUUCCGUGGCACGUCGUUUACCUAUCAACAUUGCUUCUGCUCCAUCAACAUCUACCGGUGCUACUCAUUCCGCUAUUAACUAUCAACUUUCCAGCGGAGUUGCUAAUUCUGUAGCACAUCGAGGUUUACCUAUCAACAUUGCUUCUGCUCCAUCAACAUCUACAGGUGCUACUCAUUCUGCUAUUAACUAUCAACUUUCCAGCGGAAUUGCUAAUUCUGUGGCACAUUGUUUACCUAUCAACAUUGCUUCUGCUCCAUCAGCAUCUACUAGUGCUGCUCAUUCUGCUACUAACUAUCAACUUCCCAGUGAAGUUGCCAAUUCUGUGGCACAAGGUUCAAAUAAUUUCAAUUCAACUCAACACAACUCAAUCUUCACAUCACUUCUUCAAUGCUCUCAAAAAUACCAAUUUGGGUCGAAAGAACCACAACCAUUCCAAAUGCCAUCAAAUAACAUUGUCUCCCAAUUCCAAAUGCCAUCAAAUAGCAUUUCUCAAUUCCAAAUGACAUCAAGUUUGAACAGCAACACCCAGCAUGGAUAUCUUCUGAGUGAGCUUCCCAAUCUGAUUUCUGAAGAACAAGCAGCAACCACAUCGUCCAUGAACGAGAGCCGUAUCAAUGCAACAAAUUUUCAUGGCGAUAAUUUGCAGGAAGCAGUCAAUGCAACAAAUUUUCAUGGCAAUAGUUUGCAGGAGACAGUGGUUGCAACAAAUUUUCAUGGGGACCAGGUGCAGGAAACAGUGAUUGCAACAAAUUUUGAUGGCGAUAAGGUGCAGGAAACAGCGUCAAACAAGGGUGUUGAAGGUAUGGUGGAAUCAUGGCUUCUUUCUACAGAUUAGAAAAAAAGAAGAUUAUAAUUGAAGUCAUGAUUAUGUGAUCAUAACAAUAAUGAAGAGGGUAAAAGAAAAGAGAUAUAGUAAUUAGUGCUAGCUUACAAUCAUGUUUUAUAAAUCAUGAUUUUCCAAAAAAAGAAAAGAAGAAGAAACAAAGAACUUUAGUUUAAUUUCAUCAAGUGCACUGUAGAUAAAUAAUAUGGGGUAUGGGGAUUGGUUUAAUUUCUUGAAGUAGUUGAUUAUAUGGCUAAUCAUAUACUUGAAAUAUUAGUUUUAGAUUAGCUAUGGAGAUGAAAUACAAAUAUAAUUAUGAAUGAUGAAGAAAAGUUCUUUUGUUCA